CAAUAGGAUCUGGUGGAAGAAAAUCAGGCAAACACUUGCAGGCACGCACCACUGGGAGAUCAGAACUUCUAGCUGGCUCGCGGCUGCCCCGGCUCCACCGAAGGGUGGGGGAGGAAGAGGAGGGCUAGCCCCAGCACUGAGAGAAGAGGCAGGUGUGUGCAGGUGCCUCACCUGGACCAUGAGGUCAGCCCUCCGCUGGCUCCUCCCACUGCUCAUUUUGGCCUCAGUGGCCCACGGCCAGUCAACAAGACGACCAAGACCCGGCCCCGGGCGCAGGCCCAGGCCCAGGCCCAGGCCCACACCCAGCUUUCCUCAGCCCCAUGAGCCGUCAGAGCCCACAGACCUGCCUCCCCCACUGCCCCCAGGGCCCCCGUCCGUCUUCCCUGACUGCCCCCGGGAGUGCUACUGCCCCGCAGACUUCCCCUCCGCCCUCUACUGUGACAGCCGCAACCUGCGCAAGGUGCCCGUCAUCCCGCCGCGCAUCCAUUACCUCUACCUGCAGAACAACUUCAUCUCCGAGCUCCCGGUGGAGUCGUUCAGGAACGCCACGGGCCUGAGGUGGGUCAACCUGGACAACAACCGCAUCCGCAAGGUGGAGCAGAGGGUGCUGCAGCAGCUGCCCAGCCUGGCCUACCUCUACCUGGAGAAGAACCAGCUGGAGGAGGUCCCGUCGGCCCUGCCCCAGAGCCUGGAGCAGCUCAGGCUGAGCCAGAACCAGAUCUCCAGGAUCCCGCCGGGCGUCUUCAGCAAGCUGGAGAACCUGCUGCUGCUGGACCUGCAGCACAACAAGCUGAGCGACGGCGUGUUCAAGCCCGACACCUUCCAGGGCCUCAAGAGCCUCAUGCAGCUCAACCUGGCCCACAACAUCCUGCGAAAGAUGCCGCCCAAGGUGCCGCCGGCCAUCCACCAGCUCUACCUGGACAGCAACAAGAUCGAGACCAUCCCCAACGGCUACUUCAAGGGCUUCCCCAACCUGGCCUUCAUCCGGCUGAACUACAACAAGCUGUCCGACAGGGGCCUCCCCAAGAACUCCUUCAACAUCUCCAACCUGCUGGUGCUCCACCUGUCGCACAACAAGAUCAGCAACGUGCCCGCCAUCAGCAACAGGCUGGAGCACCUGUAUCUCAACAACAACAGCAUUGAGAAAAUCAACGGGACCCAGAUUUGCCCCAGCAACCUGGUCGCCUUCCACGACUUCUCCUCGGACCUGGAGAACGUGCCACACCUGCGCUACCUGCGCCUGGACGGGAACUACCUGAAGCCGCCCAUCCCGCUGGACCUCAUGAUGUGCUUCCGCCUCCUGCAGUCUGUGGUCAUCUAGGCCGCGCCCUGCUGCCCGGCCUCCUCUGAGCGCACCUGCAGGCAGGCGGCCCAGGCGCCUGUGCCCCCCGCGCACCCGCGCCCUCCACCUCUCGCCCCAGCUUCGCCCCCCAGCCCACCUUUUUGAGGCUCGGGCAAGCUCCGGCUCCCCUGCUGCCUCUGGAGCAGGGCUUCCAAGGGCUUGUGUCAGCCCCGCCCAGUUCAGAGACACCCACCGCACACCCAAACUUGUGGCCCCCCGGGGUCUCCCUCUGCUCCAGAAACGCGAGAGAGGCCCCUUCGCCCUCCUCUGCCUGUCACUCCCGGGUCGGGCUGGGCCAGGGGCAGCGGGCUGAAAGUCCCCGGUCUCCUCGACCAUGAACCCGAACCCGAGCCCCGCAGCCCAGCAGGGGCGUCACCAUGGAGGGAAGGGGGAGGUGAGGCCUGCGUCCAGUCCCAGCCCUGCCUGCCCCUGUGAGGACCAAGGGCCCCCGCCCUCCCGGCUGGCCUCGGAGAGGAGCGGUAAGGAGCAGAUGACUCAAGGAGCCAGGAAUUCGCUAGCGGCCGAGCAGCCGCGGAGGCCCUCGGAGGGGCCCACGGGGGUGUAGUGUACAUGGGUCCUGCAGCUCCCCAGGCCAACACAGACCGGAGGCCCAAGGCCCUGGGGAACGCAGUGUUCACAGCGGAGGAUCAAGAGGUAGCAGCCUGCCCCCGCCGGCUGCUGUCCACUAGCGUCGAGGCCCAGCUGCUUCCACCCCGGAAGGAACAGGGAGGAAGGGGCAGGGCACCCAGAAGCCCCUUCCAGGGCCUCCGCCUGCGAGGCCUGCGAGGCCUGCUCCGCAGCGACACCUGGUGGCGAGGGGCGUUCACGGCGGGCCCCUGUAGGCCUCCUCACCUUGACCCUGGCCUUGAGCUCCAAUCAGAAAGGGGUGGAUGAAGCCCAGGGCGCCCCUCUCCUCCCAGGUCCAGAGGCCGGGCUCAGCCCUGUCGUGAGCGAGUGCAGACGGGGAGCCUUGGAGGCCCACGUGAUGCCACCGUUUGUUGACUUUGCUGGGUCCCUCUGGCCCUCGGCUCCCCCACGGAUGGAAUGGGACAGGUUCAAGUCUGCACACCACACCUGAAAUGACACCCGGCAGAAGGGCACACCCUGUUACCACGCGUUCCCCGCAGUAACUUAUUCCCCCAGCUGACUCCCUGACCACCUGGCUCGACCCAGGCGAGCGGCUUGGCAGGUCCCCAAGUGGAACCCACCCCUACCGGGCUGCCGCCAGAUCACCUCCCCCCUAACUUCUUAUAUAAGGGAUCCUGCCCUCCACCUCCAUGGCCCCCUGAGUGCCUGUGUUGGGAGGGGAUGGAGGAUGAAUAUUCUAGAAACGAGUAAGACGCUGUGCCCACCCUCAAAUUAGGAUCAGAAAACUUCCAGAGGAUUUUAAGAAAUUGGGCUAAGCUGGGUGCCUCACUUGAAGAAAUCCCCAUUAUCCUCUCUCACCUUCCUCUUUGGCUCGCUACAGAAAACAGGGCUCCUUCCAUCUCGGGCGCACGCACCUGCCUCCCCCCCUCCCUCCCUGCUGUAGCUGGUUUUCCAAGGCUCCCGCUGAAAGUCAUUGUAUCACUGUGGCCGUAAGCAACCUGGUGCUAUGGCCUGGAUAAGCCCCCUCUGCAACUGUUCACAUCUCAGCCCCCAGGAAUGGGGCCCUCCGCCCUCCCCAGGGGAGCAGAGCUUCUGCGGCUCCUGGGCGGGGAGCUCACUCCCUUCGUCCUGCAAACAUGGAAUGGCCUGGGCUUGGCACCAGCCUCCCAGCGCCUGCUCCCCCACUGCCCUCUGGAGCCGUAGAGCAGCUGUGUGGGACAUCUGCCCCCACACACCCCGCCACCUGCUGGUUCCCCUUGGAGUUCAGGAAGCCGGUUCAUUCCCCAGUGCUGUGGGCAUCGGCAUAUGCAGGCACAUGGGGCGGUGUGUACGCGUUCUCGGCACGUGUAUCGUCUCUCUCCUGAAGACCAUGCUAACUCGGCGAGACAGCCUUUGCCUUCCAACACGCUUCCCAGCAGAGGAAAUAAAAUCAUAAAGGAAC